GCCCACCCGUCACGCAUUGAAUUCCGCCCGCACUCAGUCCUGAUGGUUGGAGUGGUCUCGGUCUCUUCCUUUUCUCAAUUACUCCUCGCACUGCUUCGGGUCUUCAAGACUUUGUAUUUGUCUGGGAAUUCCGCGGCUUUACAUUCGCAGCACCCUCGCGUGACGCUCCCGCAAGCGCACUGCGAAUGGGGGGGCUCCCCUGGGGGGAUUAGGUCCUCGAGGCAGCACCGAGGAGGGUCCGACGAGGUGCGACGCCUCCUUGGGUUCUUGCCUCAUAGUCUCCGGGGAGGUGUAGUACGUGCAAUGCGUCCCCUCUGGGCCGGAGCGGAGCGACGGCCAGGGCGAGGCGCAGCAAGCCACUCAGAGGGUGGAGGCAGUACUGAGGAGGGAACGACGAGGCCGGCAGCCCAUAGAUCCACGGCCGGCCAGCCUCUACAGACGCAUACGGCGCGUUACACAUCCCUUUUGGGUUGGAGAGGAGCAACGGACAGGGAGAGGCCUAAUGAGCACCAGGAAGACUAUAGCCUGCAUGGAUAUGGCAGACGCAGGGGACACAUCCUCGGGGCCAGAGCGUAGCGAGGGCCGCGCGCAGGGCAACAGCGCACCGAGGAUCAAGGCAACGUCGCAAUGGAUGGGAAGCUCAAGCUCGGGCUUGGUGAGAAGAGGACAGCAGGAGGACACGAGCGCGAUCGGGUGCGAGUCUCAGCUGGCGAUCAUUUCCAUUUCUUUCUUUUCUUUUCCUCCAUUUUUUCAAGGCUUUACGACUGCUCACGAAACACGAUUUUGUAUCUCUUCACGACUUUGCAGCUGAACGAGGCACCUCGAGAGUGGGGGGCUUUGUGGAGACCUGGACCUUACGGGUCAGGGCUACUCUCGAGUCACCUCGCUCGAGGACUCUUCUUUGUAUUUACCUCACGCUUGAUUGAUAAGAUUAGAUACGUAGUGGUCUAAAAGGCCCAUUACAUACGAAUAUAUCAUCCUUUCCUACUUCCAUCUACCUUUUCGCCAG